AUGUGGAUUGGAAUUGGCGUUGGACUUCUUGUGCUGAUAGUACUUGUAAUACUUCUCAUUGCCUUCCUCACAAGGAAAAAAUGGCGUAUCAUUCAGCCUCAAAUAUCAGAAUGGACUCCUUCCCCCUAUCCCAGACAACCAGUUCGAAAACCAGAAUUUGCAGAAAGAGAGGAUAACACUUACAUCGAUGACGUAGAUCCUGUCAUGCUAACUAACCCGUUAUAUGAACAGACUCAGUCGCCACGCAACUCAAAGAUCAACAUUGAGAUCUCAAUUGGGGAGAGCGGUCAGGUGACCACAAAUGGAAUGAGCAUGCCAACGGGGAAAUCAAUAUCAUCGAUGCGGCUCAGUGGAGGCACAACCAACCCAGGGUAUGAGAUGAUGAGUAUAAGAAAAGAGAAUGACAGACAAAGUCCAAACCAAGACUACGAGAUGAUGGGUAUGAAUGGCAGUGACAAACAAAGUACAUUAAAAUCUGACUAUAGCGUUCCCAGAACUGGGAGUGAGCUGUCUGGAACAGAGUCUGAGUAUGACACUCCUAAAGUACAGCCAGACUAUGACACCCCGAGGUAUCUGGGAAGACUGCUUCCCGCUCCUCCAGCAUAUUCCAAAGACAAGCCAAAGGACCCAUGGGAUAUUCAAGUCGUUGAGGGAUGGAAUGCUCAAUCUAAAAUUUAAUCCUUGUUAGGCAUAUUGAGCUUCAUACAUUCAAAACUUCUAACUUAGUAAUUUGCAUUGUUGACUCAAUAGUUGAAACCAUAUUCAGGUAUAACUCUGCUGUGUAGUGUGUAUUGUAAUCACUGAGAAGAACACGGCAUUUGAUACCCUUUGCAUUCGUUUGACUUCACUUCUUAAAAGAGAGCUUCGUCUUCACUCUUUCAAACUAAAAUAAACCUGUGAACUCACCGCACCAAUCAGUGUUCGUCGGCCAAAUUUGACCGACGUUCUUUAUAUGGUCAUUCCUUCUGACGUCAUCGUUGAGCCCAGAAUUGACCAAUGACAUGCGCAUAUUUAAUUAGAACGCAUUUGGC